AUGCUGCAGUCUCUUUUCAAGUCGUCCGUGGUGCCUGGCCUUAUCACAGCGGCAUUGCUAGUCACUUUUUGCUGGACCCAAGCCUCCAGUAAGAGAAAAGGUGACAAAAUCAAGCAGGCUGUCAUCCUGCCAGGUACGCUGCCCAUUUUGGGCAACGCAAUUGAACUUGCUGUAAAUGCACCGCGCAUGCACGAUUGGCUAGCCGAUCAUUUUGCUGCCACAAACGGUGAGGCAUUUAUUGUCCGUCUUCCCGGCAAGGAUGACAUGAUGUUUAUCGCGAAACCUGAACAUCUUGAGGCUGUGCUCAAAACACAAUUCGACAAUUUUCCCAAAAGUGAGUAUAUACACGACGUCUUCUACGAUGUAUUGGGCGAUGGUAUCGUGCUCACUAAUGGCGAGACGUGGAAGCGACAGCGCAAUGUUGUCGUUGGACUUUUUAGUGCCCGUGCGCUGCGCGAGCACAUGACGCCGAUCAUACAGAAAUACACUUUACAGCUUGUCGAGAUAUUGACAUCUGCGGCAACAACCAACACUCCACUAGACGUUUUUGAGCUUUUGAAUCGCUAUACAUUUGAUGUGUUUGGCGAAAUCGGCUUUGGUGCAAAAAUGGGCUCGAUGGAUGGAGCGUAUCAACCUCUGGCUCAAGCGAUAGACGAAGCCCAAUUUCUUUCCGGCAAGCGCUUUAAACAGCCCGUUUGGUAUUGGAAGUUGCGACGUUGGUUUAACUUGGGCGACGAAAAGAAGUUGAAGGAGAACGUGCGUUUGAUUGAUGAAUAUCUAAUGGGCAUCAUUGCCGAUGCUGUCGAACGUCGUCAUCGUCGUAUUGAAGAGCAGGAAAUUGGUCGUCCAGUCACUCUUGCCGAUAAGGAUAUUGUGUCGAUUGUGCUUGAUAAAAUGGAAUCUAAUGGAAUACCUGUGAACCCUGUCGAGGUGCGGAACAUUGCUAUUGCGUCAAUCAUCGCCGGUCGUGACACUACUGCUGGUUGUAUUGGAUGGCUGUUUCAUCUUUUUAGUCAGAAUCCAGAAGCUGAAGCGAAGCUGCGUACUGAGCUUCAAGCUAAGAUUCCUAAGCUCACUUUUGAUAAAUACUAUACUCCGUCGGUGACCGAUGUUAACAGUGUGCCAUAUCUGGAAGCAUGUGUCCGUGAGGUAUUGCGCUUGUACCCAUCAGGACCAUUGAUCACCACUCAUUGCAUCAAAGACACUGUACUUCCAGACGGAACAUUUGUACCGGCAAGCACAGAUAUAGGCAUUGCCCUUUUCUCGUGUGGACGACUAACUAGCGUCUGGGGCGACGAUGCCUUAAAAUUCAAUCCUGAUCGAUUUCUUGACAGUGACACGGGUGAAAUAAUUCCAAUGACAUCGACGAAAUUUGCACCCUUUAGUGCUGGUCCGCGGAUUUGCGUCGGUCAAACUUUGGCCCUUCUUGAAGCUAAGAUUGUUGUUGCUAGCAUUGUUGCGCGCUUCGAGAUGACUCCUUUGCCCGGUCAACAUGUCACUUAUACGCAAGGCAUUGCGUUAGGCAUGAUGGACCCACUAAUGAUGCUUUUAAAACCAGUUGUUUGCGAACAUCAGAACGAUUCGUGCACUUUAUGA